CACCUUUUGUCUAAUCCAUUUGCACAACAGCAUGUGAAAUUUAUUGUCAAUCAGUGUUGCUUCCUAAGUGGACAGUUUGAUUUCACAGAAGUGUGAUUGACUUGGAGUUACAUUGUGUUGUUUAAGUGUUCCCUUUAUUUUUUUGAGCAGUGUAUAAAAUAAUUAACCUACUUGUAUUACAUUAGCUUCCAUUUUCAAUAGGCUAUAGUCCUUAAAGGUAUAGUUCACCCAAAUUACAAAAAUGACACUUUGGUUUCCUUACCCUGUAAGCAGUUAUGACAGUAAUCCAUGCUUUGUUUUAGUUCCCCUGAAACUGUUUGUGGCACAAAUUUAAUUCAAGUCAUGGGACCGAUGUUAGCAUUUUUUACACAUGUCUAAAUCAUCCGAAAGUAUCUCAAAUGAAUUGUGAAGCUCAACAAAGUCACUGUUUUGAACAUGAUGUGUGAAAAAUGCUCAUUUCGGUCCCAUGACUUGAAUGGGAUUUGUGCCAUUAGCAUGUGGAAACACGUAUUGCCAAAGACACUAAACUAGAGCAUGGACAUCUGUCAUAACUUGUCCAUAGACUGCUAACAGGGUAAGGAAACCUAUCCCUAAGGACCAUAGCCUACUGUAGUGUGCUUGUCCUCUUGCUCAGUUGUGCUCCGGGGCCUCCAACUCCUCUUUCUAUUCUGGUUAGAGCCUGUUUGAAAUUCAGUUUCUUGGCAAUUUCUCACAUGGAAUAGCCUUCAUUUCUCAGAACAAGAAUAGACUGGCGAGUUUCAGAAGAAAGGUCUUUGUUUCUGGCCAUUUUGAGCCUGUAAUCGAACCCACAAAUGCUGAUGCUCCAAAUACUCAACUAGUCUAAAGAAGGCCAGUUUUAUUGCUUAUUUAAUCAGGACAACAGUUUCAGCUGUGCUAACAUAAUUGCAAAAGGGUUUUCUAAUGAUCAAUUAGCCUUCUAAAAUUAUAAACUUGGAUUAGCUAACACAACGUGCCUUUGGGACACAUGAGUGAUGGUUGCUGAUAAUGGCCUCUGUACGCCUAUGUAGAUAUUCCAUAUAAAAUCUGCCGUUUCCAGCUACACUAGUCAUUUACAACAUUAAACAUUUCUACACUGUAUUUCUGAUCAAUGUGAUGUUAUUUUAAUGGACAAUGUUUUUGCAUUUCUUUAAAAAACAAGGACAUUUCUAAGUGACCCCAAACUUUUGAACGGUAGUGUAAUUGUUUCAUGAUGCUUGCACAAGCCCCUGUUCAGGAUUUACCCACCAGCAUUAAGUGACAACAGCAGGCUAGUACAGGAAACUGAACACUAUUAUUUAAAGCAUUCUCUUAACACAACUCGCUUGCCCAGACAAGAAGAAGUUGUUUCUGCAAGACCUAAAACCCUUGGAAAUACUGGAAUAGGGGAAGGACACAUCCCCAAAGGAAUUUGGCUGUACCCAUCAUUACAUGCUGUAUUGGUGAUGAGCUCAAUACGCAUUGUUUUUCUGUUCUGGUCUUGGUGAUAUGCUACAUUCUGGAUUUAAAAAUAGAUGGAUUGUUGAUUGUUUGUACAUUAUCAACAUUUGCACACAAAAUCCGCUGGUUCUAACCGAGGAACCUGUUAGACCAAUGCGGUCCGCUGGUUCUAACUGAGGAACCUGUUAGACCAAGGCGAUCCGCUGGUUAUAACCGAGGAACCUGUUAGACCAAGGCGAUCCGCUGGUUAUAACCGAGGAACCUGUUAGACCAAGGUGAGGGGGCAGCCCUUAAAAUACAGUACAGGUAACCGGUGAGACAAAGUCCAUACAGAGAGCGAGAGAGAGACUCCAUAAUCUCCAUUCGUUGAUAAGUUUUCCCGUUGGCUCACCAUGGUUGAAUACAAAGUAAAGGUGACUACAGGGGACGGUCUAUUCUCUGGCUCAUCUGACUACAUUUAUGUCACACUGAUUGGAACAGAGGGGGAAAGUGAGCGCACUAACCUUGACAACUAUGGCCUAGAUUUCAUGACUGGGAUGACAGGGACCUACACUGUGACCAACCCCUCGUCUCUGGGGCGCCUCCUCCUGGUCAAGCUGGAGAAAGAGCAGUACCUGUUCCUGCCGGAAAAUGAGUUGUUCUGCUCCAAGGUUGUCGUGACGACGCCCGAGGGUGACGUAAUCCUUUUCCCUUGUUACAGAUGGGUGUCCAGAGGGGAAGUUGUGGAGCUGAGAGGAGGAAAAGCCAGGAAGAUUUUUGAGGAUGAGCUCCCUCUACUGGUGGACCAUCGUAAAAAGGAGCUGGAGCUUCAGAAGAAACUGUUCCAGUGGCUUGUGUAUGCCGAGGGAGUCACCCACAUCAAUAACGCCACUGAAGUCUCAGCCCUCCCUUCUGAAGUUCAAUUUUCUUUCUCCAAAAUGUCAGAGUUUAUCUACACCAAAGCUGCAGCUAUAGCUGAGCUCAAACUGAAAUGCCUGGUGAACUCCACCGAGCAGUGGAAAGACCUGGAGAUGAUGAAAACUGUUUUCUGGAAAAAUAGAACACCCAUUUCAGAAUAUGUUUCUGAGCACUGGAAGGAGGAUGACUUUUUCGGGUCCCAGUUUCUGAUUGGAUCCAACCCCAAUGUGAUCCAGCGCUGCACAACGCUUCCUCCCAACUUCCCUGUCACAGAUGAGAUGGUACAGCCCUUCCUGAAGGACGGGAGUUCCCUGGCGAUGGAGAUGCAGGAAGGAAACAUAUUCCUUUGCAACUACAAGAGGCUUGAGGGUGUGCCAACCCGGGUGGUCAAUGGUAAACCAUUGCCCCUCACGGCUGCCCUCUGCCUGUUCUACAAGAACCCAGAGGACAAACUGCUGCCUAUCGCCAUCCAGCUGGAGCAGCAGCCCUCUCAGCAGAACCCUAUAUUUCUGCCUAGCGACUCGAAGCACGACUGGCUGCUAGCCAAGAUCUUUGUGAGGAACGCAGAUUUCUCCGAGUACCAGAUCAGCUACCAUCUACUGGGCACUCAUUUACUGGCAGAGGCCUUCACUAUGGCAACCUUCCGGAGCCUUCCUAUCAUACACCCUCUCCACAAGUUGCUGAUACCCCACUUCCGUUACACCCUGCAGAUCAACCUUUUUGCGCGAAAAAGACUGUUUAGUCCUGAUGGACCCUUAGCAAAUGGUGCUAUGGGACAGGAGGGGUUGAGGGAACUCAUGAAAAGGGCACACUCAGAAAUCACCUACAGCUCCCUCUGUCUGCCGGAGAACAUUGUUGCACGAGGACUGGAGUCCAUCCCCAACUUCUACUACAGGGAGGACGGCCUGAAGCUGUGGAAGAUCAUCAACAGCUUUGUCCAGGGGAUGGUGGAGCACUUCUACUCCUCUGACAGUGAAGUGUCCAGGGACUCUGAGCUUCAGGACUGGAUCAACGAGAUCUUCAUCCAUGGGUUCCUUGGAAACAACAAGUCAGGAAUCCCUAAGCGAUUUGACAAAGUGGAGGAAGUUGUCAAAUUCAUUACCAUGAUUAUCUUCACUGUGUCAGCUCAACAUUGUGCCCUCAAUAUGGGGCAGUUUGACUACGGUGGUUGGGUACCCAACAACCCCCUGUUACUGCGCAAAGCUCCUCCCACCAUGAAGGGGAGAUCUAGCAUGAAAACCAUUUUGGAAGUACUGCCAAACAUCAGCACUACUGUCAACAACAUGGCUUCCGCAUGGCUGCUCAGCAAGAGAUACUCAGACAUAAUUCCCCUUGGUACAUACCCAGAUCAACACUUUGAUGAGGCUAUCCCAAUGCAGAUUAUUAAGCAGUUCCAAGCAAAGUUGUCCUACCUCAGUCAAUCAAUCAUUAAGAGGAAUGCCACACUUACACUACCCUAUAACUACCUGAACCCUGCUGAGAUGGAGAAUAGUGUAUCCAUAUGAUUGAUCUUAUGCCCAUAUCAUUGCAACCUGCUGGGCAAAUUGAAUGUACAACUGCACUGAACAGGGUAUUCAAAUGAUUACUGUUUACUUAAACAAACUAUUAACAUAUUGUGCUGUUGGGUUCUGAGAAAAUGAAAUAUACUUAUUCAUGUCACUGAGGGAGAGAGGUUAAUGUAUAACGUAAACAUUAUAUCAGGUAUCCUAUUGAAAUAUUGAGUGCAGGGAAGCGAUCACAUGUGGCAGGCAUUGAUAAGGGGAGAGAGCCAUGGAUUAGUGAUGAAGCGGGGUCGAGGUCAGGUCAGGUCACUUAAAGGGAGAAAUACAAGUUUAUCACAUAGUGUCCUGCCUAACAGUAAAAAUACAAUGUUUGUACAGAUGUGUAGGAGGAGACUCAGCCCAGGAGGAAGGGUUAAAUAUCAGUGCUUGUGUUAAAUAUCAGUGCUUGUGUUAAAUAUCAGUGCUUGUGUGAAAAUGUUUUUGUCUAAUGCAGCUGUAUUGAUCCUCUGGGAAGAAUUAAACUUGGUUAAGCUUUCAUAGUGUCCAUAUAGUUUUUUACUCAGAGAAUUAGAAUGUAACAGUACACAUUUUAUUGAAGAAGGCACUGGUUGCUAUACCCAUUAAAUGUUUGGGAGCAUAGAGUAUGCGACUUUCUUUCUUUUUACGAAUUGGAUUCGUAACAUAUCAUACGAAUUGUACAAAACAUAACAUAUCAUAAAAAAUGUAUGGCGUAGUAAACAAUUUGAUGACGGAGUACACGAAAAAUGGGACCUGUUUUUUCUUAUGAGCACCUCUUUCAAAACUACUGGCUGAAAUUAUACACAGGCUCUGGAGCAUCACUUCAAUCAUCAAUGAUAGCCAAAAUGGAUAACCAAAUUGAAGAUCUAGAAGGCAGCUGAAGUCCUGAAGUCACUGAGUACCACAGAGUCCUGGAUUAAAGUCGCAAGAAGUGGCUACCAACUUUAGAAAAUGGAACUUUGCAAUUAAUUGUCUUUAUAAAGAAUGCAUUAAUAAAGUGGAUUACAAAUGAAA